AUGGGUCCCUUGACAUUGUCCGUUAUGGUUAAUGACCCUGCCAUUUCAUUACCAGAUGCUUGUUCGAAGAGAAAACAGAACUUGCUUCUGAAAAAUUCUUUUGCAUCAGUUAGCAUGGGAGAUGAAAAGCCUUUUGACUUUUUACGGACUUUAUUUGGUACGUAUAAGAUCUUCUUUGGUGUUGUUCCCAGUGAAGAAAUUGUGUCAGUGUUGAUGGAAUUUGCAGAGGGUGUUAUUGCAGGAGCUACAGCUGGAGUUGUUGUUGAAACAGCUUUAUACCCAAUCGACACCAUUAAAACACGACUACAGGCAUGUUGUAAUGACAAAUUUUUUCACGAAGAUAUUUGGAUGGAAUCUUCACUCCAUCUAAAGGUUCGAUUGUGUUUCACUUGGUCCAGCAAGCAAUGUGCUGAGUCCACAUCACCUGAGGACUCCUUAUAUGAAUUUUGCAAUUUUCUUCUUUUUGGGAGUGGUUUACCCAAUCCAUUUAUAAUAUGGUACAAGGUCUUAUACCUCAAGCUCGUUUCUGUCGCUGAUAAGGCUGCUCGUGGAGGAGAAAAACUAAUAUUGAGAGGCCUUUAUUCUGGAUUGGCAGGGAACCUUGCUGGUGUCUUACCGGCAUCUGCUUUAUUUGUGGGAGUUUAUGAACCUAUAAAGCAGAAAUUGCUGAGGAUAUUUCCUGAAAAUCUGAGUGCUUUUAGUCAUUUGACCUGUGUCAAAAGUAUGAAUUUUGGUCACUGGUCUUCUGAAGCCUCUGGCAUUUCUUUGACUUGUAUUGGAGUUGAUGCUUUGUCUAUUUUAUCAUGCUUUUGUUCCUGGCACCCAAUCCUCUGUGCCAUUGGGGGCAUUGCUGCUUCAUUGAUUCGUGUUCCAACAGAGGUUAUCAAGCAACGAAUGCAAACUGGGCAGUUUACUUCAGCUUCUGGUGCCGUUCGCUUUAUUGCUUCUAAGGAAGGCUUUAAAGGAUUUUAUGCUGGGUAUGGAUCCUUUUUGUUGCGAGAUUUACCCUUUGAUGCUAUUCAAUUUUGCAUCUAUGAGCAAAUUCGAAUAGGUUAUAUGCUUGCGGCACGAAGAAAUCUGAAUGAUCCAGAAAAUGCAAUUAUUGGUGCUUUUGCAGGUGCAGUAACUGGAGCUAUAACUACCCCCCUCGAUGUCAUCAAGACAAGGUUAAUGGUUCAAGGAUCUGCAAAUCAAUAUUUGGGAAUUUUUGACUGUGUUCAGACCAUUAUUAAGGAAGAAGGACCUCGUGCCUUUUUGAAGGGUAUUGGUCCCAGAGUACUAUGGAUAGGCAUAGGUGGUUCAAUAUUCUUUGGUGUCCUUGAGAGUACAAAACGUUUUCUUGCUGAGCGGCGUCCUACAGUAUCUCAGCAUACAUACUCUGACAAAAUUAAAGAUAAAUAA